AUGGGUGAUGCGGGUGUGAAUAGGAAUGAAGGAGAGGAACAGGCGGAUGAAGCAAUGAAAACAGAAAAAAGUAAAAGUUCGCGUGCGCAACAUGCAAGUUUAUUUGGGAAAAGUUCGCAAGAAAUAACUAAUUUAUCUAGUGUUGUUGAAAGCGUAUCUCCGGAGUACUCUACAGCUCCAUCAAGUUCCAAUAUUUCGCAUGAUAAGGAAUCAGAAAAUAUAGUGAAUAAUGUAACAGAACUCAAGCGAGAGAAUGUCAGACUUGAACAUGUUUUGUUUUUGGCGAACGAAGAAUUAGAUUCUCUUCGGAAUAAAUUAUCCGCAUUAAGUAAAGCACAAAAAGAACUGAGGGAAGAAAAUGAAAGUUUAAUGCGAGACAGAAGUCAACGAGUCAACGCUAUGCGAAAAAUUGAAGCUGAACGAGAUCAAAUAUAUCUUGCUAAAAAUGAGUUUGAGAAUAAGGCAGAGAUGUUACUGCGUCAAAAAGAAGAUUAUGAAGCAAACAUCAAUCGUCUUUGUCAUGACAAAUCGCUUAUUGCAAAUGCCUUGCAGUUAAAAAAAAAUGAAUUAUCAAAGUUGCUGGAAAAAAAUGUAUUACUAGAAGCAAAAAUAAAUGAAUGUGAAAAACAGAAGCGAAUGAUUGAGUUUGAAAAAGAACGUUGGGCUCAAGAAAAAGAAAUAUAUCUGCAUAACAAAGACUGGUUUUUGAACGAAAUUAAAGAACGUGACAGGAAGUUUGCAGUUCUAAGAAUUGAAAUGGUCAAAUUUACUGGUGAGCUCCAAGCGGAGGUGGCAUCUAUUACUGACAAAUAUGAAUCUGCCAAAAAUGAUGUCAGUAAACUUACAUCUAAGCUUAAUGAUCGAGAUAAGGAAUUAUCUAGGCUAAAUACUCGCAUCAAAGAGAUUUUCGAAGAGAAUACGCAAAAGAUGAUGAAACUGGAAGAAGAGUUAUUGACAAGUGAACGACUUUGUGCAGUUUAUAAAGAAGCCAGUGAUGAUGCAGAAAGUAAUCUACGAGAGUUAGCGCGGGAUUUUGAAAAUCGUGGAAAUUUGAUUGACAAGUCUAAAAAAGCUUUUGAGUCGAUGUGCGAGGAAUUUGAAGAAAAAGAAAGAACUUUUAUCAGAAAAAUUGCUGAAAAGGAUAAAAAAAUCGAAAAUCUGUUGGAGGAGUUAGAUAAGGCUAACGAUUUACUGAAAUCAAGACAUCGCGUUAUGUUGUCAGAUGAUGAAAUUAUGGAGUUGUCGCCCGCGGCUGCUGCUGCUUCUUCCUUAAUUCGAAAUAGUGUCUCUCUUACUGGUAUAUACCGAGAACAUUGUCGUGUAGUUGCGGAACUGGAGGAAGCAAAAGUGGAAAAAAAACAGAUUGAAAGCUAUUUUCGUCAAGUGGUCGAGGAUAUUGAAGCAAAGGCUCCAUUACUUGCACAACAACGUGCAGAAUAUAAUAAUAUGUCAGAUUCGUUGAGUAGUUUGCAAAAACAACUACAAUCAGUAGAGGAAGAGCGCCAAAAACUUGAAAACUCGCGUGAUGCAACUGUAAGGGAAUUAACUUAUACGCGCGCUGAGUUAGAGCGGUAUCAGCGUGAUGUCGAAGAUCUCAACAAACAGAUUCGACAUUUGUUACACGUAUUAGAAAUUGGUAAGGCAAAUGCUACAGAUGAACCUCCCAUGGACGAAAAAGAUCGUGAAAUUUUGUGGACCUCAAUCGCUGAGCUACAAAGAAUCAACCAAAAAUUGAUGUCAGACUUGCGUACAGCAAGUGCCAAUCAUGAUCGUGCAGUGGAGGAAGCAAAAAAUCAUGAGAUCAGCAGACUCAACGAUUUGUUGAAUGAUGCUGGUAAAAAGUUGGAUUUCCUGAAAGAUGAAAAUUUUAAACAAAAUUUGGUAAUUGAUGAACUCAAGAAGCAACGCGAUUCGUAUAAAAAAAUGAGUGAUGAAAGAAAAACCGUUGAGGAGUCAUUUUCUCUGACUAAGCAAAUCGACGAUCUCCGCUGUGAAAACGCGAAUCUGCGAGGGCAUAUAGAACAGGCAGAAAAGAGUUUAGAUCUAUUUCGAGAAGAAAAAACUCGCUCUGAUGGACUUCUGCAGUCACGGAUCGAUCAGCAGUUUGCUUUGAUUUCUGAAUUACGGAAAACUAAUGGAAAGUUUGAAAGUGACAUUGAAAUGCAAAAGCAAACUCAGUUAAUGCUUAUUAAGCAGUCGGAAAGCGAUUCCAGUGAGUUGAAUUUGGCUCGUGAGAAAGCUGCUAAGAUGCAAAGCAUGUAUACAAUGACGGAUGAACGUUGUAGAAAGCUGCAAGAGGAAUUAAUGGAAACAAAAGAAGAAGUUGCAAAAUACAAGACCGAUGUUGAAGCUCUCAUGGAAAAGCUUUCGUUUUUGCGAAGCACGGAAGCACAGCUCCAGCAAGAGCUUCGCAUUUUACGGGAAUCGGAUUACAGUAAUGAGAAAAUGUCGCACAUAUUGAAACAGUUGGAGAAUCGUUUGCAAUAUGAAGAUGAGGAUAGAAUGAGAAUGUUCGAAGAUCAACUGACUUUAGCUAAAAAUGAAAAUGAAUCAUUGAAGAAGUUUGUCAGUGAAAUUUCUGAACAGCAUCGUUUAAUCAGUUUGGAUUUGAAAAUAACGACGAAUAAAAUUCAAGCAGAACGAGAUCAAGCUUUGGCUAGCAAAAAAUCAGCAGAAGAUCAUUUAGCUUUGAAGGAAAAUGAAUUAAAUUGUUUGCAGACAAAAUAUGAUGACUUAAUUAAUCAGUUGAAAGCACCUGAUGAUUCCCUUGAGUCUAGUGAUGACGGUUACAAGAAAGAAGCGCAGCAGCUUCGAAAUCGUAAUAAUUAUUUGGAAAAUCAACUGAAAGAAAUAAUGACCAAGCUUGAAGUCAGUGAAAAAAUGGUGGCAAUACGUGAGCAAGAGCUUGCUGAUAUUAGCAAACUCAGCAGCAAUAUGGAAUCGACUUUAGUCGAACAAGGAGCUAGCGCUAUUGCGGAACGAAACAGUUUGGAAGCGAUAUUAAAUUUAGUGAAAAAGCAGUUGUCUGAAAGUGUGGCUUUGGUUGAAAAGCAACGAACUGAAAUUGCUACUCUAGAACAGAAAGUGCAAGAUGAGGCUAAUAAAACACAGCAGAUGAAAAUAGAAAAAUUAAAAGAAUAUCAAAUUUUGGAGAGGCAUUGCUGUUCAUUAGACAUAGAAAAGUCGAACGCUGAAAGUCGGAUACGGGAACUGGAGCUGGAAAAUGCAAAAAUUGUCGCAGCAAAAACAUCGAUUGAAGAGGAAUUCAAGCAAGCAAAAGCGAAUGCUCGUGAACUAGAGCACAAGGUUGAGAUGAAAGAGAAUGAAGUUCAGAAAUUAAGUAGUACGGUUGCUGAACUUGGACGGAAAUGCGAAGACAUAAGACAUUGUAAUUCAUCAGAAGUGGCUGGGUUGCGUGUUGAAAAGAACCGAAUAGAAAUAGAACUUCAAGAAGCGAAGAAACUAGUAGACGAACAAAAGCAGAAGCUAGAAACGGUGAACGACAAUUUACUAAAAUUGAUACAACGCAUGUCAGUCUUGGAACGCUCUAUGAAAAUCUGCACUUCUAAUGAAGAUGGGGCUGGAAACAGCGAUUCCACUACACCUUUGUACGAUGUUAUCAAGUACCUACAAACUGAAAAUCGACAAGCUAUGGAACGAAUGAUGAAUGCCGAACUUCAGUGGAAGCGUCUGCAAGCACAACUAACUAUUGCUGAUGAAAACCGGUUGAAAUUAGAAGAAGAAAUAGUAAAGGUUCGAAAAGAAAACGAGACAAAUAUUCGUUUAACUGCAGAAAAAAGUGAAAUGGUAGCACGGUUGGAAUUGUUGGAGAAAGUACAGAAAGAAAAUCAAGCUUUGAAAAUGAGUAACGAAAAAUUAGUUCAGCGCGUGGAGCAACUAGCUAAGAACGCAAGCGACUUGCAAGUACGUGUAACUAAUUUGAAUGCAGAAAAAAUAACGGAGAAAGGACGGUUGCAGAAUUUAUGCAAUGAUCUACAAGCUAGUCACAAAGAACUUGAGUCAUGGAAAGAAAGGCACAAUCUGGCAUUGGUUUCACUUGGUAAAUUUGGACCUGAUAAAGUGGUUGCUUUGAACAACGAAAUUGAGUCAUUGAAGCGCAAAUUAAGUUUGUUUACUACAGAGCGCGAUUCUUUGAAAAAGGAAAUGGAAAAAUUGGUUCAAGAAUCCACAUUCAAAGAGGCACUAACGGACGUGAAGAAAAAAUUCGAUGAAAGUGAGUCGGAGCGAACCAAAUUAUCUGCCAAAUUUGAACAGGCCAGAAUAUUUGCUCGUCGAUACAGGAUGAAGUCCCAAACAUUGGAAAAAGAGGUUGAAGAGUUGAAAGAACAAAUAGCGGAGAAAAUAUCUGCUGAAGAAGAAGCUAAUGCUGAAGUUGCAAGAUUGAAACAAGAACUGUUCGCCACACGCUCUGAAAUGGAGAGGCAGAAACAAAAACAUAUGUUUCGUUCUGGCUGGCCAGUUGAAAGUGGAUUAACGGUUACACAGUCCAGUAAAACAAACCUCAUCUUGCAGACGCAGCUGAAACAAUUGGAAGGACUUAGUCAACAAAAUAAAGACUUAUCCAGACAGUUGGAAGAGUCUGCCGAGAAGUACAGAAUGGCUCAGACUAAACUGAACGAAGCUGAAAUAAAACUGCGAGAAACGAGAGCAGAAAGUGAUACUAAAGAUGAAUUACGUUUUCGAAUUAAUUCAAUCACUAGUAUUGUGACCAAAAAAGAGGAGGAGGUAAAUCGACUUCAGAAAGAACUUGCAACUAUUAAACAAUCAAAUGAAGCUUGUCAUACAAAAAUAAAAUCUUUGGAAGCAGCUUUAAGUGCGUGCAGAAGUGGGAAUAGUAAACGCUCCGAUGAUCCUUCCACAAGUGUGAAGCCUGUGAGCUCAUCCACAUCUGCUGCAUCUCAAAGAGAAUCCUCCAGUUUUCCUACAUUUAGUACUACUGAUACAACUAUUCCGCAUUGUUCAGUCGUAGUACCCGAAAAAGAAAUACCAACAACUUCACAUUUCAUUCCAUCAGCAGGAUAUGCUACGACGAUGCAAGUUGCUCAACAGCAUAACUAUGAAAAUAUUAAACAGGAAGAUGGCAAAAAUGUUGAAUCACACCCGAUACUUCAUGGUACUUUGGUGUCAACUACCAGUGAACAAAGCAAUACAGUAAGUCAGUCGACUGCUGGUGAUGCGCAUGCACAAUUGCAGCAGCACAGUGUUACUUCUGCUGGCUCUGAUGGAACAAACGUAAUCACGAGCAGUGUAGCAAGUGGAGAUUUAUCUGCUAUAAUAGAAGGAGUUUCAGUUCAAAUGGGAUCAAAGUUAAUGUCUGAAAGGAAUGAGGAAAAUAUAAUUUCAAGAAAAAGAACCUUUGCACCAUCAAAUGAACAAGUUGAGACAGGAUCUGGUAUUUUGGAACCUCGGAAGCGUCAUCGUGGAAGUCCUUUAGGACAGGUAUCCACAAGUGGUCGUUUCAUGAAAUUAAUUACCAAAUCUCAGGUUGAUAUUGAGCAACAUACUGUUGAUGUAACUGGACAUGAGCAGCAAGAAAAUGUGGAAACAACGACAAGUACUGAAGGAGAUGAUUCCAACAGUACGAGAGCAUCUAGUCCACGAAAAACUGCUAUUUCAUCUGUUGAAAUCGAGGAAUUAGAUCUAGAAGUCAGGAAUGACAUUAUUCAGGAGGAAAUGCAUCAAGGACAUGAUGAGGAGGUGCUAAUUGAAAAUAGCGGAAGCAAUGCAGUAUUGACUGAAGAAGUUAAACAUGAUGCAUCAGCAGAUGAGGAUGAUCUAAGUGAAGAAGCGGGUGAUGAAAUGUCAGAAGAAGAGCUGGAUGAAGAGGAAUUUGAUGAUGAAGAACCAGACGAAGAGGAAGAAUUUGAGUUACGUCAAAGUUAUGGAACAUUAUAUGCUGGUACUCAACGUAGAGAUCAGUUGAGAUCUGGAAAUGAGGAUGAUGAUGACGAUGACGUUAUUCUUAUUACUGACGACGAUGAAAUAACACAUUCGCACUUUUCGGUAGAUUUGUCUAUGGACGAAGCUCACGGUGAUGGUAGUGAAAGUGGAACUGCUGCCGAUGAUGAUAUUGAAAUAUGUACUGCUGAAACACGUGAGCCAGAAAAUUUUACAGCACCAGCGCAGCAAGUUGAUACAAUUUCGCGUAUGGAUUUAUCAUCAUCGGAUGUCUAUGUCACUGCUCAUGUUGAAAGUCAUCAGGAUCGUUCAAAACAUGUUACUUCGGAAACACAUCAUAUUGCCAGAUUAGAGCAUGCGCAGUCGCUCUCUCUAUAUAAAGACUCACAAGAAGUUACUGAUGUUGUAUCUGGUUCAGAGCUUUGUGGUCUGUGUAGUUCGCCGCCUCUUAUUGAAGUCACAGAAUCAGAUAUUCGUGGGGCAUCAAGUACCGUUGCUCCUCCAACAAGUACGGAUGUGGACAGUGGUGAUAGUGAGCAUGGACUGGUUAUUGAAGAAAGUAAAGAUGAAGUCAUAGCAGUCGAAUGUGAAGAAAAGCGUGUUGCACAAACAGAUGAAGGUAGAUCAAUGGGACCAAGUACAUCGCACGGGUUGGCAAGACGUAUUCGUAUCAGAUAUCCGGAUAUAACGGAACCUACAUCUAGCAGCAGUGAUGCAUCGCAACUGUUUUCUGGUACAUUUCGCCGUGGUGGACGUUCAGCGCGUUCACGUCGUAGACGUGGUCGAUAUGGAAGGCAUUAA